CUUGCAACCUCUAAAUGAAACAUAUAUAAACACUAGAACAAGCAAGCUGACAUCCAUAGCUUCACAAGAAGAAUACCAAGAUGAAUUCAACUCUUCUUUUCUUCAUCAUCUUCUGCACUUCCAUCAAUAUCUGCCUGGCAGAUAGCGGUAACCUCCAGGAUGCUUGUCCAACCGAUAUGAAAGCAAAACAAACUCUGUUCAUCAACGGUUUCCCUUGCAAGAAUCCUUCCAGCAUCAUUGCUCCAGAUUUCAAGACUUCAGACAUAAACCAUGCUGGAGAUACAGACAACUUCCUUCAUUCCUCUGUAAACAUAGUCACUGCUGCAGAUUUCCCAGGCCUGAACACUCUCGGCCUAUCAAUUGCGAGAACUGACCUUGAUUUGGAUGGUCUGUUAAUGCCUCAUUCCCACCCUAGAGCCUCUGAGUUGUUCUUUCUUAGAAAAGGUAUUGUGCUUGCUGGUUUUCUCGACACCAACAAUAACCUUUUUCAAUCGCUCAUAAAGGGAGGAGAUGUCUUCUUGUUUCCCCGCGGUCUGCUCCAUUUUUGCUUGAAUGCUGGUUAUGAGCCUGCAAUUGCAUUCUCCGUACUGAACAGCCAGAAUCCAGGGGUGGUAAGCAUUGGUGGUGCCAUGUUUGAGACUAAUUCGGAACUGAUAGAUAAGAUUACAAGGAAAUUGAUCUCCGUUCCCGCAUCUGAGCUUAAACACAUCAGGAAUGCCACUCUGGCUAAAUUUUCCAGAAUUCAUAUACAGUAAAGUCUAAGAACAUUGUGCUGAUUUAUAGUUUCUAUAUGUAGUGUUGUAUUGCCAUUGGUAUGAGCUUGAACAUUUGUGUGCAACAUGAGUGAAAAAUGCACUCUUUGUUUUAAAGUGCUUACUUCAGUGGUUUGGUGCUCCACUCUAUAUCCAUACAUUUAAAGAUAAGAUACAAAAGAAUGUUCUUAGAUUGCAUUGGUGUUUGAUGUCUUAAUUUUUGCUUGUACUUUGAGUCCUAAGUAAAUCUAUAGAGCUUGAUUAUAUUUGUUUUAA